AUGAGUAAACACUGUAGAGAGACGUUUUUGCUGCCCCGAGCCAUGCCCUCACCGUUAGGCGUACAGAGGGCAAGUAAUGCUAAGCUGUCUCGGCCAAAAACACCCGGUGAGACACGCAAGCCCUCUGGCAGAGGAAGAAUUCCUUCGGCCCCAAUCCUCCACGGCGAGAGGACGGAGAUCAUAGCCAGCUAUUGCGCUACCCCGCGUCUAGCAUUCCAUUCUUUUAUUAUUCCAUCUUUUUAUAUCGUUGUUCGUGUCCGUUGCUGUGCAGAUCUUCUGUUUCGAGAAGAUGAUGCUCCAACCAGCCAAACUUUGCGCUUUCUGAGCAUCAUAUAUACAUGA